AUGUGGCACGUGGCAAGCUUCAGUGCGCGGUUCCAAAAGCCUGGAGAUUAUCUGACUGCUGAGAUGUUCGGAUGGAAUUUCUUCCUCAUCCGGGACAAAGAAGGGAACAUCAAUGCCUUUCACAACGUCUGUCGCCAUCGAGGCCACCCGGUCAUUCAAAAGGCGAGCGGGUCGAGCACUGUUUUGGCUUGCCGUUUUCAUGGCUGGUCAUACUUGCCGACGGGAGAGUUGCACAAGGCAAGAGAAUAUUAUGACCUCCCCGACUUUGACCCCAAGGCACACUCAUUGUUCAAGAUCCAUACCCAUGUGACUGCCCAGGGGUUUAUAUUCGUCAACUUUGAUGCCCGAGAGACCCCGGCAGUGAGUUUCGAGGACCAAUUUGGCGACGACUUCGACCCUCUGCCAAAGUCUCAAACAGGAAAACAGGUGGGCGACGAGUUUGCCUUGUUCUCUAGAGACGGUUGGGAGUACGACCACACCUGGAACAGCUCUGUAGCUGGGACAGAGUACAACUGGAAGACGUUUGUGGAUGGCUUUCAGCAGGUGUUGUUUCAGGAAUGCUAUCACUGCCCAACUGGGCAUCCGACCACACUGCCCAAGGACUUUGCGUUGGACCAGUACUACCUGCGUCAGGGGAUUGGUGCAUCUCGUCACUAUCUCCCUCCCAAGAAAGAAGGAUUGUCCGAGGCUUACAUAACGUGGCUUUAUCCGUUAUCCGCAGUAACCUUCAGCGACAACCUUCUCUUCAUCGUGCGAUUCAAUGCAACGGGGGCAUUGGAGACAUCGUACGAUAGCGAGACUUACCGGAGAGCUAGCAUGCAGAAGCCAAGUGCAGAGUACGACCGCUGGAUGGCCCAUGAUAUCGCAUAUUGGCGGUUAGUUGAGACUGAGGACGUGGAGCUGGCAAUUAAUGCACAGAAAGGGUUCAAAAAUGGGGUUUUGGGAGUGGGAAAGUUGCACUCGAUAGAAGUCCUGCAACAAGAGCACGCAGUCAAGUGGUAUCUGGACAAGGUACGGCAGGUCCUGGUGCGACAUGCGGAGCUGGAAAAGACCGAGAGUAAAAAUAUCGACUAUGCAGUUCCCAAGGCGCAGAGUGAUGCUGUGGAGGCCGAUGCCCUGUGCAAGCUGGUUGGACCGGAGUAUGAGUGGUGA